AGAGCGUACGUAUGUUAAUUUAAGUCAUUCUAAUUCUAACAGAAAAUACAUCAAUAACUUUUUUUAAAAUUUCAAAUAGUGCUUCAAAAAACAAACAACCAAAAUGAAGUGCUUCACAUUAACUGCUGCAGGAAUUUUAUUCACUAUCCUCAUUACUGUAAAUAACGCUAGGUCGGAUUUAAAUAUAGAGGAACUUAUGAAAAAAUCAAUGGAAGAAACUUUUAAGGCAUGCAAAGAUAAAUUAACACCAGAAAAUUUCGCGCUUCUUAACAAGGAUCCACAUGCUGAUAAUCAAGAAAUUAAAUGUUUCAAAGCAUGCGGUAUGAAUCAUGCAGGUGUUAUGGCUGACGGUAAAUUACAAAUUGAUAAAAUGGAAGAGAAAUUAGUUUCUUUGUUGGGAGAAGAUAAAAAAGACUUUGCAAAAGUUUUAAUUGGAGGUGCAAAAGCAUGCGUCGAAGAAGCUAAUAAGGGUGAGAAUGAAUGUGACGUAGCAGCCGCUUUCGAGGCAUGUUCACAAAAAGCUAUAGCCGCUAAAUCCGGUAAUUAAGAGAAAAAGUUGUAUGGAAAAUAAAUUUAGGAUAAAAAUAUAAAACGACUACGGAAUUCCAUGGAUUUGUAUAUUGAACAAUUAUCUUCGAAAGUUUUAUAUUAUUUUAAUUUAAUGGUCAGCAACACAUGAGCAUUUUUUAUUUUUUUUUUUAACAUUUUGUAAUUAUUAAAACUGUAAAUCGAUUAAUAAAAUAGCAAAUUUUACCUA